CUGUAGUUAGUAGACCAUCCGUUUCCAUGAGCAACAAGUGAUGAAAGCAUGUGGUAUGUGGUCUGUUGAAUGAGAAUCAUGCUUGUUGUAGAGGAAGUGUGCUACUCCUGCAUCUGACGCUGUACACGCAUCUCGUGUCAUUCUCUUGUACUCCUUGUCUCUGUCCGUGUCAAGACAUGAUCAACAUUUUCUUUCUAGCCAUCAUUCUCCUACACUCUGUGGGACCAGGAGUCCAUGGAUGUGUGCCUCAGCGGAACUGUUCAGAGUGUAUGAAGAGUCCGGGAUGUGCCUGGUGCAAACAUAAAGACUUCCUGAAGGCUGGUGAGUCCAGUGAGCGAAGGUGUGACACAGCACAGUCUCUGAUCAUCAGGGGUUGUGAGAAGGUCGACCUCAUGAACCCCCUCCCUGACUACACCUACUUGAAAAACAAGAAGCUGAGCAGCGACAUAGACACCGUGGUGCAGCUCUCUCCACAGAACCUUCAUGUUAAACUAAGAGUUGGUGUCCCCAGUGAGUUCAAAGUGUCAUUCAAGAGAGCUGAAGGCUACCCUAUUGACCUCUACUACCUGAUGGACCUCUCGUUUUCCAUGAAGGAUGACCUUAACAUGAUCAAAAACCUGGGAGAGGACAUCCUCAAAACUCUCCGCAAGAAUACCAAACAAGUCCGAAUUGGCUUUGGAUCAUUUGUGGACAAGGUGGCCCUGCCUUAUGUUAGCCAGUUAAAGGCCAAAAAAAAAGACCCCUGUCCAAGCCGAUUGGACAUCUGCCAGCCAGCCUUCAGUUUUCGGAACAUUCUGAGCCUUACUAGAGACGCAGCGGAAUUUAAGAGGAGGGUCAGCAAACAAAGUAUCUCUGGGAACCUGGACUCUCCUGAGGCAGGCUUUGAUGCCAUCAUGCAAGCAGCAGUCUGCCAGGAUGUGAUUGGUUGGGACAAUGUCACAAGAAUUCUGGUCUACACAUCUGACGACACAUUCCAUUUUGCUGGAGAUGGAAGUUUGGCAGGGAUAUUUGAGCCUCAUGAUGGGAGAUGCCACCUCAAUGGCAGCGGCUUCUAUGAUGGCACUAAAUAUGACUAUCCCUCUGUUGGGCACCUGGCCAGGGUCCUCUCUUCUAAUAACAUCCAGCUCAUCUUUGCAGUCACUGAGGACAGUGUUUCUGCUUAUCAUGCGUUGAGUAAACUAAUCCCUCAGUCAGUGGUGGGAGUUUUGAGUAAUGACUCCAGCAAUGUGGUCCAGCUCAUCUCAGAGGCCUACAGAAACCUGUCCUCCACCAUCCUGCUCGAGCACCAAGGAGCCCCCUCAGGUCUGGAGGUGACUUACAAGUCUCAGUGUGCUUCUGUUAACUCCAGCACUUCCUGGCAAAAGAGAGGAGAAUGCAUGAAUGUCAAGAUCGAUGAACAGGUGGACUUUAUGGUGCGGUUGACCAGCAACCAUUGUCUGAAUGGGAAUAAAGAGUUUUCUCUGAAAGUCCAAGGCAUAUCUGAGACUGUGAAGGUGUCUGUAGAAACCCUAUGCGACUGUAAUUGCAACGACAAAGACAUAAACUCCCAACACUGCCACUACAAUGGGACACUCAGCUGUGGAGCCUGCAGUUGUAAAGCAGGACACCUCGGCCAGAAGUGUGAGUGUAUGCAGCCCAAAGACAACGAUGUUUCCUGUUACCUAAAUAACUCCUUGCAGCUUUGCAGCGGGCAUGGAAUCUGUGUGUGUGGCAAGUGUGUGUGCCAGGGCAACUACCGUGGAGAAUUCUGCGAGUGUGAUGACAGCAGCUGUGCAAGACAUGACAACAAACUCUGUGGGGGAAAUGGGGUCUGUGAAUGUGGAAAAUGCAAUUGUACUACAACCUUUGAGGGCUCUGCAUGCCAGUGCUCCAAACAGAAAGACCAGUGUGUGUCAGAUGACGGUCUGCUGUGUAGUGGCCAAGGAACAUGUGAGUGCAACAAGUGCAACUGCAACAAAGAGUUUCUCGGAGAAAAAUGCUCAAUGAUUCUCACUGCAUGCCAAAAGUUCAAGGAAUGUAUGACUUGCACAUUGGAAAAAGACAAGGACAACCAUAAGAGCUGCAAUGCAUCAUGUGGCUCAGUGACGCCCACUAAAUCACAGGGACCUCAGCAAUUUACCUGUGUCACUGAAUCCAUCUCAUAUAAAGUGGAGCUGUUAAAUGGCAACAUUGUCAUUUUAUACACAGAUUUGCCUAGUACUAUUGACAAGACCGUAGUAAUUAUUGGAAGCUCUGUUUCCAGUAUCAUUUUUAUCGGCAUUGCAGUGAUCCUGGUCAGCCGGCUGCUGCUGGAGCUGCACUACCGCCGCGAGUACAGCAGCUUCCUCAAAGCACAGGAGGACACCGACUGGAAAGAUACCCACAACCCCUUGUUCCAGGAUGCCACUACAACAAUUAUGAACCCCUUGCACAUUCAGGAUGGUUAAUACAUUUAUCUAGAUGUCCAAUCAAGAUCCAAUCACAUUAGAAAGGGCAUCUCAGCAGAAAAACCUGCUAUUGAGAAAAACAAAGUCAGUAUGUUUAUGGUGGUUCGGAAACAACUGAAUAAUAUCAUAUACAGUUAUUUUACUCAACACCAUGUUGUACAUUAAGUUGUUGAAAAGUUUUAUUGCAUCUAUAUAUUCUUGGCAUUUUCUGCUUUAUUUAUUUUGACAGUGACAGAUAGAGACAGGAAAGACAGACAGAGAGAGAGAAAGAGAGAGAUAGAGAGAAAGAGAGAGAGAAAGAGAGAGAAAGAGAAAGAGAGAGAGACAGAGAGAGAGAGAGAGAGAGAGAGAGAGAGAGAGAAGAGAGAGAGAGAGAGAGAGAGAGAGAGAGAGAGAGAGAGAGAGAGAGAGAGAGGGGGGGGGUGACAUGCAGGAAGAGGCCUGGGCUAGAAUCAAACUUGAGCCCCUGCAGAAAGGCCUACUUAGUGAGCCACCUUGUAGACAUGGGGGGGCUUCUAGCAUUGCCUAUAGCUUCUGGUUAUUUCUCAGCUCUCUCUUGUUUGAAGUCACUCUCUCCUCUUUUUUUCUGUUUGCAUUUAAAACUUAGAAAUGAAUAAUUGUACCAUUUAUUGUGAUACAAUCUAUACUAUGAGACUCGUUAUACAUUUGAAGUUUGAUCAUUGUAAUUAAUUACUGCUUCUUUCAUUAAUGUUAGUGUUUUGUUUUAAUCUGCUUUUAUCUGACCUAUUUCCAUAUUAAAUUCAUCAUACGUUCCUGUGUUGCCUCCUGCGUUGAAUGUGAUUGUCCUAUUGGAACAUUGUUUAAAUUCGAGUAUUUCUGUCCAAAGCCCAUAACAAAUACAAUGUAUGAGGUCAAAUUGUUUAAAUAAAAUGCGUAACAUGUU